AUGGCCGUUGCGAAGCGGCUUAAAACGGAGCAUGACGUGGAGCCGGACGAAUGCCCUGGAGCCUCGUCUGUCGCCGGAUGGUGGCAGAAGGACUGCGAACUGGCGGCGGCAUCGCUCCUAUUGGCUCCGCCAAGCGCGGCGGAAUCUGCGGCAGCGACAGACGCGGCGGCGGACGCUGUGGCUGAAGCCCCCGCGAUCGAGACGCGCGACGCGGCGGGAAUGGUUGGCGGCCAGGCCGGCUCCGCGGUGCAGGCGAAGCGGCUCGAAGGGGUGAACGUGCAGCGCGCAGCGGGCAAGGGGGGAGUCCCGGAGCUGCUGCCGCUGCUGGCGGAAGCGCGAGGAGCGCUCGCGGGAGAGGCGGAGGAGGUGGCGCGCGGGGUUGGGGCGGCGGAGGAGGAGAAGCGGGCGGAGAGUGAGAGGGAGAAGAGUGGCAUGUGGCUUGAGCUUGGCAAUGCGGGUCAGCCCUUCGGGACGUCUGGAAACCCCGGGACCCCUGGGACCUCCGGCGCCCGUCCGUCUGCGGCAGUUGUGGCCACAGCUACAGCCCCGGCCCGUGCAGCCCCUGCUCCUGCUGCUACACCUCCUGUUGCGAAGCCACCACUUAUUCUUCGCCCCGCUGGCCCAGCUGGCCCAGCUGUGCCUGCUGUGCCAGCUAUGCCUGCUGUGUCCGCUGUGCCUGCUCUCCGCCUCCCCAUGCUGUGCCUCCCCAAGGUGGUUGCUCACUCUCCUCCUCCACAUGAACCGCCUGCUUCUUCUAACACCAUUGCCGCCGCCUCUGCAGCUGCUGCUGCUUCUGCCACCACUGCCGCUGCUCCUGCUUUUGCUGCUGCUGCUGCUCCUGCUCCUGCUCCUGCUCCUGCUCCCGCUGCUGCUGCUGCUGCUGCUGCUGCUGCUGCUGUGCCUAGGAUCGUUUGUCCGGUGCCGUCAACGCCGGUUGCUGCUGCUAUUCCCACGGUGGCCUGCAGCGAGUCCCAAGCAGUCCCGAACACACCCCCAUCAGCAGCCGCCGCAGCUGCUGCAGCAGCAGCUAACGCCUUUGGUGCGGAUGUGAGUGGCGACUGA